UACAUUCCAAAUGCCGAAAUUUCUUAAAUUCCACCCAAAACCAGAACCCACGCCCAACACUACGGUUACUGGGCAGGCAGAUAGUGUAAGAUAGAUAAUGGAAGCUUCACUUACCACCCCUCACUACCCGAACUCAUCCUCUAUACCCUUCUCCACUUCCUUCUUUGCCGCAAAACACCAUUCCGGCACCACUUCGUCCUCUACCACCUCCUCCUUCAUUUCUUUCUCCCUCAAAUCUCCCCCACCACCUUCUCCGCCGGGUUCCAGCAACUCCAGCAACUCGUCACCUGUUUCCGGCCAAGUCCGACGACCCGAAACUUUCAAAACCUCUCCCUCCUCAAAACCCACCACCCGAAAAACCCCAUCAUCAAACCCCCUCAAAGGUAUCCUAACUUCCUCCAAUGGUCCCAAAAAUGUUAACCCUGUUACCAACAAGCUCUGGCUCACCAGCAAGCUCUCACCCCCUCCUCCUCCUCCACCGCCACCGCCACCACCUCCUUCCCCACCCGAAGAGGUUGAGGAAAUGGACAAUGAAGUGAAGGAAAAUGAAGGUGAAGACGAUUUGGGUCCACCCAGAAUUGAGUUCCGGCAAGAGGGUAAAAUCUUUGUCGGGAAUUUGCCCAACUGGGUGAAGAAAAACGAGGUCGCCGAGUUCUUCCGUCAAUUUGGGCCGAUUAAAAAUGUGAUUUUGAUAAAGGGCCACGAUAGUACGCAGAGAAAUGCGGGUUUUGGGUUCGUGCUGUAUGGGGGUUCGACAGCGGUUAAGUCGGCCAUGAAAGCCGUAGAGUUUGAUGGUGUGGAGUUCCAUGGGAGGGUGCUGACUGUGAAGUUGGAUGAUGGGAAGAGAUUGAAGGAGAAAAUGGAGGAGAGGGUCAGGUGGGUACAAGGCUAUGAUGGGGUGGAUUACCCUUCCAAGUGGCAUGAAGAGAGGGAUAACUCUCGCAAAAACUUCAAGAAGGUUCUGGAAACGGAGCCCGAGAACUGGCAGGCAGUUGUGAAGUCUUUUGAGAGAAUUAAGAAGCCUUCUCGGAGAGAAUAUGGUUUAAUGGUGAAGUAUUAUGCAAGGAGAGGGGACAUGCACCAUGCACGUGAAACAUUUGAGAGAAUGAGGGCAAGGGGAAUAGAGCCAUCUUCACAUGUCUACACAAGCCUUAUUCAUGCUUAUGCAGUUGGCAGAGACAUGGAAGAAGCAUUAUCUUGUGUUAGGAAAAUGAAAGAAGAGGGUAUUGAGAUGAGUUUGGUGACAUACAGUAUAAUAGUGGGAGGAUUUGCUAAAAUGAAGAACACUGAAGCUGCAGAUCACUGGUUCAAGGAGGCUAAGGAGAGACAUGCUACUUUAAAUGCAAUCAUUUAUGGAAGUAUAAUAUAUGCUUACUGCCAAGCAUGCAAUAUGGAUCGAGCUGAGGCACUGGUGAGGGAGAUGGAAGAAGCAGGGAUAGAUGCACCUAUUGACAUUUAUCACACCAUGAUGGAUGGCUACACAAUGAUUGGCCAUGAAGAUAAAUGUUUGGUUGUGUUUGACCGACUCAAGGAAUGUGGAUUUACACCUUCAGUUAUCAGUUAUGGAUGUUUGAUAAAUCUUUACACUAAGAUGGAAAAAGUUUCAAAGGCCCUGAAAGUAAGCAAAAUGAUGGAAUCAGCUGGUAUAAAACAUAAUAUGAAGACCUACUCCAUGUUAAUCAAUGGAUUUUUGAAGUUAAAAGAUUGGGCAAAUGCAUUUGCGAUUUUUGAGGAUGCAAUAAAGGAUGGUUUGCAGCCCGAUGUAGUCAUGUAUAAUAACAUUAUAAGAGCAUUCUGUGGGAUGGGGAACAUGGAGCGUGCUGUUUGCACUGUUAAAGAAAUGCAAAGGGCAAGGCAUAGGCCUACGACACGGACAUUUUUGCCCAUAAUACAUGGUUUUGCAAGAGCUGGAGAAAUAAGAAGAGCCCUAGAGAUUUUCGAUAUGAUGAGGAUGAGUGGAUGCAUUCCAACUGUACAUACUUUCAAUGCCCUGAUUCUUGGUCUUGUGGAGAAACGUCAGAUGGAGAAGGCUGUUGAAGUAUUAGAUGAGAUGGCACUAGCAGGUGUAAGUCCGAAUGAGCAUACGUACACAACUAUCAUGCAUGGCUAUGCAUCAUUGGGUGAUACUGGCAAUGCAUUUGAGUAUUUUACUAAAUUAAGGAAUGAGGGUUUAGAGAUUGAUGUGUAUACAUACGAGGCAUUGCUGAAGGCAUGUUGCAAAGCAGGGAGAAUGCAGAGUGCUCUAGUAGUCACACAAGAAAUGAGUGCUCAAAAGAUUCCAUGGAACACCUUUGUGUACAACAUAUUAAUUGAUGGAUGGGCUCGAAGAGGUGAUGUCUGGGAGGCUGCCGACUUGAUGCAAAAAAUGAAAGAGGAAGGUGUUCAACCUGAUAUCCGUACCUACACAUCUUUCAUAAAUGCUUGUUGCAAGGCUGGAGACAUGCUGCGAGCUACAAACACAAUUCAAGAAAUGCAAGCCUAUGGAGUGAAGCCAAACGUUAAAACUUACACCACAUUGAUAAAUGGAUGGGCACACGCGUCCCUCCCGGAGAAGGCUUUGCAAUGUUUCGACGAAAUGAAGCUUGCUGGGUUGAAACCGGACAAAGCCGUAUACCAUUGCCUGAUGACAUCUUUGUUGUCGAGGGCCACUGUGGCCGAAGCCUAUGUCUAUUCUGGAGUUCUGUCGAUUUGUAGGGAAAUGGUAGAAGCUGGGUUUAUUUUUGAUAUGGGAACUGCAGUUCACUGGUCCAAGUGCCUACGCAAAAUUGAGAGGUCUGGCGGAGAACUAACAGAAGCACUGCAGAAGACCUUCCCUCCGGAUUGGAACUUGUCUCAUAACUUGGAUGUAAAUUAUGAUAUAGAAGACAGUGAUGAUGAAAUUGAUACCAAUUCUGAUGAUGAUGAUGAUCGGAUAUAUUUUGGUGGUGGAACAGACAGUAACGAUGAAAACUUAGAUUAACUUACCUGUAGAGAAUAUCAUGCAAUUGAUUUUAGUUUC